GGAAACGCCAUCAGCUAUGGCUUGUUCUCUGGGCUGUCUGCGAUUCCAGACCUAGCGGCAGAGUGGUUGCUGAUGCCGUCCAUAGUGGCCACCUUCAGUGGCGGCAUGAUGAACCUCAUGGCUGUUGCCAACGUCUACAUUGCUGACAUCAGCCCUGUGGGGCAGAAGGAGCUCAGACUGGGCAUCCUGGACGCCUCGAUGUACUCGGCCCAGAUGGUGGCGUCAGGGCUGUCCUCGCCGCUGUACUCGGCCCUCAACUACCACGGGAUUUUCGCGCUGGCCGCCGGCCUCAUGCUGCUGUGUCUGCUCUACUCCAUCUUCCUGCUGUCGGAGACCACUGCGCCCUACACGCCGCCUCAAGACGAGAGCUGCGGCUGCUGCAAGGGGAUCUUCCGCCCGCAGCUGGUGCGCGACGCGCUCAAGACGUCCCUGAUGAAGCGGCCUCACCACGGGCGCUCAGCCAUUCUCAUCGUCAUCUUCGUGGUCGUCACUGGUGUCCUCAUCUCCCAAGGAGAAGGCAUAGCCAACUACCAGUUCGUGAACGCCAAAUUCCAUUGGACGAUAGACCAGAACCUUCUGUAUGGAUUCUUCAACAAUGGCACCACUGCUGUAGGUACCUUGGUGGGCGUGAUGGUGUUCGUGCGGUGGCUCAAGUUGGGCGACGGCUGGAUAGCCCUCAUCACCUUCUCCUGCAAGAUCACUGCCUCCAUAAUUUUUGCCAUAUCACCAGAGUCCUGGUUUAUGUUUCUGGGCGGAGCCAUCAGUUGCUUCGGAGCCUUGAUCUGGGUUCUGGCCAGGGCGAUGCUGACGAGGCUGGUCACCAAGGACGAGAUAGGCCAGGUGUUCGCGCUGGCGGUCACCCUGGAGGCGUUGACUCCUCUGGCGGGGCCUCCCAUCUACAACGCCGUCUUCAAGGCGACCAUCGAUUACUUCCCUGGAGCCUUCCACCUUUUGUCCGCGGGGAUCAUGGCACUCGACCUCGCUGUGCUGCUGUUUGCUGUUUACCUAAACCGCGGAGCGAAGAAGGAGGAGCAGCAGCAGCGGGAAGAGGAGGCGAUCCCGCUGCCCGCGUGA